AUGAAGUUGAAAGAGGCGAAAUCUAGGCCAAAGCCACCCAGCUAUGGCAAAUUGCAGACAAAGGGAAUCAGAGUUGUGGGGAAAUGGAAGCAGGUGAAGAUUGACCCAAACGUGUUCGCCGAUGGACAGAUGGACGACUUGGUGUGCUUUGAGGAGCUGACAGAUUACCGGUUGGUCUCCCCAGCCAAGAGUCCCUCCAAUCUCUUCUCAAAGGGGGAACCCAAGAAGAGAAAGGCACCAGCUGUUUCACAAGAAGAGGAGGAAGGAGAGUCGAGCUCCCCAAGGAAAAAGACCAAACUGAAGAAGUGUAAAGAUGUGGCAGCUGAAGGGACCAGUUCCCAGAAUGAGCUCGAAGCCAAAGAUGCUGAACCUGCACCCCAGGGUGAUGGCGCCGUUUGUCCUGGUGUGCAGGUAGGGGAGGUGGCAUCAGGAAAUCUGGUCCAGACGACUCCAAAAAAGAAGAAGAAGAAAGGGAAGAAAAAGCCGAAGCCCUCCCAGAGCACUGCCGCUCAGGAGCCCAAAAAAGCAAAGACAUGGAUGCCUGAAGUUCAUGACCAGAAGGCAGAUGUUUCAGCUUGGAAGAACCUGUUUGUGCCUAAGCCAGUGCUCCGAGCCCUCAGCUUUCUAGGCUUCUCUGCACCCACACCAAUCCAAGCCCUGACCUUGGCACCUGCCAUCCGUGACAAACUGGACAUCCUUGGAGCUGCGGAGACAGGAAGUGGGAAGACUCUUGCCUUUGCCAUCCCUGUGAUCCAUGCAGUGCUGCAGUGGCAGGAAAGGAAGCCUGCUCCUCUCCCAGGUAGCACGGAAGCACCACCGGGAGAGGCUGGAGCUGAGUCUGGCGAGUCGCCUGGUGAGGUUGGCGUUCAGAGUGAGGCACUGCCCGGUGAGCCUGGCGCCGAGGCUGGACCAGCACCCAGCCAGGCCAGCGCCGAGACGGGAGGCACCGCUUCAGGCCAGACGCUGCCCCUCUGUGAUGAUGAUGCUGGUGAAGGGCCUUCUUCCUUGAUCACGGAGAAGCCCGUCCCCAGACAGAGCGAGGAUGAAGAAGAAACGCUUGGGGAAGAGCAAACCGGAAAGGUGCAGCAAGAAUUGGGUGACAGUAGUGCCCCUUGUAACGUACAACUCAAGCAUCCUCUGCUGGGACUGGUUCUCACUCCCACCCGAGAGCUGGCUGUCCAGGUCAAACAGCACAUUGAUGCUGUGGCCAGGUUUACAGGAAUCAAAACUGCUAUUUUGGUUGGGGGAAUGUCGACUCAGAAACAGCAGAGGAUGCUCAGCCGCUGUCCUGAGAUUGUGGUGGCCACUCCCGGCCGACUAUGGGAGCUCGUGAAAGAAAAGCACCCUCAUCUGAGCAGCCUUCGUCAGCUCAGGUGCCUGGUGGUGGAUGAGGCUGACCGCAUGGUUGAGAAAGGCCAUUUUGCCGAGCUCUCACAGCUUCUGGAGAUGCUGAAUGACUCCCAGUACAACCCAGAGAGGCAAACGCUUGUUUUUUCUGCCACCCUGACCCUGAUACAUCAAGCUCCUGCUCGAAUCCUUCAGAAGAAGCACGCCAAGAAGAUGGACAAGACAGCCAAACUCGAUCUCCUCGUGCAGAGGAUUGGCAUGAGAGGCAAGCCCAAGGUCGUUGACCUCACGAGGCAUGAGGCCACGGUUGAGUCGCUGACAGAGACCAAGAUCCAUUGUGAGACUGAUGAGAAAGACUUCUUCCUGUACUACUUCCUGAUGCAGUACCCAGGCCGCACCCUAGUGUUUGCCAACAGCAUUUCUUGCAUCAAACGCCUCUCUGGGCUCCUCAAAGUCCUGGACAUCAUGCCAUUGACCUUGCAUGCCUGUAUGCACCAGAAGCAGAGGCUCCGAAACCUGGAGCAGUUUGCCUGCCUGCAAGACUGUGUUCUCUUGGCAACAGACGUAGCAGCCCGGGGUCUGGAUAUCCCUCAAGUCCAGCAUGUUAUCCAUUACCAGGUCCCUCGCACCUCGGAGAUUUACGUCCACCGAAGUGGCCGGACGGCUCGAGCCGCCCAUGAGGGCCUCAGCCUGAUGCUGAUUGGGCCUGAGGAUGUGACCAACUUCAGGAAGAUCUACAAAACCCUCAAGAAAGACGAAGACAUCCCUCUCUUCCCUGUGCAGACCAAGUACAUGGAUGUGGUCAAGGAGCGAAUCCGUCUCGCGCGACAGAUCGAGAAAGCCGAGUACCGGAACUUCCAGGCUUGUCUGCACAACUCGUGGAUCGAGAAGGCAGCGGCUGCCCUUGAGAUCGAGCUGGAAGAAGACAUGUAUAAGGGCGGGAAAGCCGACCAGCAGGAGGAGCGGCGCAGGCAGAAGCAGAUGAAGCUCCUGAAGCGAGAGCUGAGCCACCUGCUGGCACAGCCGCUGUUCACCCAGGGCCCGAGGACCAGGUACCCCACGCAGGCAGGCAGGCCGCCCCCGCUCCUGGCUGCCCCAGGGCGUGGUGGCUCUGCCCUGAGCUGCCUCCACCACCAGCAGAAGCCGAAGAGGGGGCCCAGAGAGCCGCAGGAACAGCCGCGGCCAAGUGCAAGUGCCGACUGAUGGGCCGGCCACUUGCGCUGGCGACCGGCCGUGGCGUCUGCUCCUGGUGACCUGUGAAAGCCCCUGGGCCACUGCUGCCCAGCCACUGCGUUCAUUCCGCCGUACUUCGCAGCCCUUUCCCUCUGCCACCUCCCCUGGAGUGGGAGAGACCAAGCAGACCUGUGUUGUUUCAGAGUAAGUGUUCCGUGCAGCAGCUUAAUUUUGCCGUAUUCCAGUGUUUACGGGCUUUGGUGUUCAACUUGACUUCUUGAAUUAAAACCGUGGUCAGAGCCA